AUGCAACUUCCCAACUUCACCAUAUCUAACAUUCUUUCCCCAAUUGAUAUUCCAACAUCUGCAUUGCAACAAUUUUUUCUUGACAGAGAUGUGGUGGACCUCCACGACAAGAGCUUAGUUAGUAUUACGGUAACUGAACUUGUGGACAGUGUACUCAUAGCCUGUUCCAUGGAUCAUAUCAUUGCUGAUGGAAACUCCUACCGUCAUUUCCUGAAUAUGGGAUCCGAGGUCUUUCAACAUCACGAUCGUGAAGGAAAUUAUACCAUGAAGAUCUCACACCCACCAAUCCUUGACGGCAGCUGGUUCCCUGAUCAUUAUCACGGUCCGCUUAUAAAUGUCCCAUUCAACUAUCAACAUAAUGACCAUCUAACAUUAUUAGCUCUGCCACUGGAGAGCCGUAACCUGGCGAAGAGUGGAGCCUCCCUUUCUCUAGACUAUUUUGAAAAUGUGGCCGGAAUAGUUAUACUAGAAAUAACAGCUGGUGAACUGCUCGACCAUGGUCUGAGUUGGGUAGCUUGGAAGCUGCACCAAGCCAUGGUUAACCACACUGAUAAGGUACUUCGAGAGUGGAUUGAUGUUUGGCUGCAGUCUCCUUGGAGUUUGACUCGAAAUGAUCAGCUUGUUGGUGGUCAUUCUACUAGGGGAAUAAAUGAGUAUUCCAAAUUCAACACCAUAGAUGGUAAUGAAUUUGGGAUGGGGAAACCACUUGCAUUUUGUUCUGGAAAUAUGGGCAAAAUAAGCGAUGGAAAUAUGGUCGUUUAA